GCUGUCAUCAUCGCCGCCCUUGUAAAAAAAAAACAACAAGUCACUUUGAUUAGCACCUGGAAGACGUGCUCCAGCGAUUUUACAAGAUGGCCUUCAACUUCACCGCCUUCACGUACAUAGUGGCCCUGAUCGGGGAUGCAUUCUUGAUAUUUUUCGCCAUAUUUCAUGUCAUUGCAUUCGACGAACUUAAAACGGAUUAUAAGAACCCAAUUGAUCAGUGCAAUAGCCUCAAUCCGCUGGUUUUGCCCGAAUACCUUCUGCACAUCUUUCUGAACUUGCUCUUCUUGUUCUGCGGCGAAUGGUUUUCGCUAUGCAUCAACAUACCCCUCAUAGCCUAUCAUAUUUGGCGUUACAAAAACCGCCCUGUGAUGUCGGGACCCGGACUUUAUGAUCCCACCACGGUCCUGAAAACCGAUACUUUGUACCGGAACAUGCGUGAGGGUUGGAUUAAACUGGCCGUCUAUCUGAUUAGCUUCUUCUACUACAUAUACGGCAUGGUUUAUUCGCUCAUCUCGACAUAGGCAAGCUCUUGCCUGGGGAUCUCAGUGUUGGCGCCAACGCAUCAGCGUCGUGUAUUAGUUGUCUAAACUCGGGUAGAGGACUUCCUUUUUUGGGGAAGAGUCCCCAUCAACCGCGAACAAUACUUCACUUGUAAAUUCUAGUGUAAAUCCAUAAAGACAUCUUGAAGCUUUGUUUUUUUCAUACAAUUUGUAAUACUUUUCUGCAGUAAGAGAUUGUAACAUGUUUUUAUUUUGAUUAUUUUUUGCAUAUCGCAUCUUUGGUGUAGUUGGAUUUUAAGCAUUAAAUAAAAGUCAAAUCAAUGUAACCAAUUUUCAUUUUUCUGUUUAGCAUGAGGGACAGCGGAAUUUUUGGCUAAACACGACGAACAUGGAGCAACGAGCACUUAAGAUAAUAAAGAUUAUGAAAGGGCACUUAAACCUUAUCAGCAGGGCAAACAUAGAUAUAGUCUCUCUCCAAUUUGAUACUUGCAUUACACGUUUUCUAAGGUAAUAUACAAGUUUCUUACAUCAGCAAACAUAUUUAUCAUUCGGCUUUAUAUUUUGGAAAUUAUAUUUAAUUUUAGAGCUUCCAUUAGAAUGGAAAAAUUCACCAAAGAACCACAUGCUAAAAU